CUCCACUUCCUAGCCAAUAAGCCAAGUAAAAAUGAUCUCUCUUGCCUUCUUUAAAGCUUCAUUCCUCCUGCAGAUUUCCAUAAUUGCAUCAUUUCUACUGGCUGCCUAUGCUGGUAAUUUUUAUCAAGAUGUCGCCCAGAAUUUUGGGGAUCAGAGGUUCAAGAUUCUUGAGGGUGGCCAACUUCUCACGUUGUCCUUAGACAAAACUUCAGGCUCUGGAUUUCAGUCCAAGAAUGAGUAUUUGUUUGGAAGAUUCGACAUGCAACUUAAGCUGAUACCAGGCAACUCUGCUGGUACAGUAGCCACAUUUUAUUUAUCAUCCCAAGGACAAGGACAUGAUGAGAUUGAUUUUGAGUUCUUGGGAAACUCUUCUGGACAGCCUUACAUAGUCCACACCAACGUUUAUACUCAAGGAAAAGGCGGCAGGGAACAACGGUUUAGCCUGUGGUUCGAUCCCACAACAUCCUUCCAUACCUUUUCAAUCGUUUGGAAUCCUCAAAGGAUCAUGUAAGCCCUUUUCAUCAAUUCAUCAUCUUAUUCAAUUCACUUGUGGAAUGCAGAUGACUGGGCUACUCAAGGCGGCCGUGUUGAGACUGAUUGGACACUUGCCCCAUUCACUGUUUCUUACAGAAACUUCAAUGUAAAUGGAUGUGUUAAGGUACCUGGAUCAUCAGCCUGUGGUUCCACAAAUUCACUGAACAAUGAUCAGGCAUGGCAAACCCAAGGGCUUGAUGCUAAGGGGAGAAACAGGAUUUGAUGGGUUCAGCAGAAAUUCAUGAUCUACAAUUAUUGUAGUGAUGCUGCAAGGUUUCCACAGGGCUUUCCUACCGAAUGCAGGGGCUCUAGGUUCUAGAUUGCUCGAAAAUUGUUUUCCUUUGUAAAACAUCAA